AUGGCCGCCUGUCUAAUGAGAGAAGAGUAUGAACGCCGAACGUACAUCAAGCAGAUCGGCGAAUUCACUCUAGCUUGCGACCGGAUUUUUCAAAUGGGCGACCAAAGCGAGAUCGACCCCGAGGAGGAAGCGGAGGCCCUGAAGAUGCUUAACGAGACUCUGGCGUUCUUCAAGGAACAUUUAUUCAUAUUCAGUCUACGCAAGACCACGCCGGUCCGUGUCCGCACCACGAGGGGCAAGGAGAUACUCUUCACUGUUCCUGAUGCUUAUUGGGACGCCUGGCAGGCGGAACUCGAGCGCAGGGAUCAGGAGAAGGACGAGAGGGAGAAAGAAGAGGAAGCUAAAAACGCAGCGAGGGAGGUGCAAUUGUAG